AUGUGGACCUGGACCGCCACAGCGGUCUUCAUCUCGUGUCUCAUCGUCAUAGGCAAAUGUUCGGAGGAUGAAGAGCGACUAGUUCGAGACCUCUUCCGAGGGUACAACAAGCUGAUACGCCCCGUUCAAAACAUGACGGAAAAAGUUGACGUCAGGUUUGGCCUAGCUUUCGUUCAGCUAAUUAACGUGAACGAAAAAAAUCAAAUCAUGAAGUCGAACGUCUGGCUGAGAUUGGUUUGGAACGACUAUCAGCUUCAGUGGGACGAAGCUGAUUACGGAGGAAUUGCUGUACUCAGGUUACCCCCCGACAAAGUAUGGAAACCUGAUAUAGUUUUAUUCAAUAAUGCUGACGGCAACUACGAAGUGAGAUACAAGUCUAAUGUGUUAAUUUACCCCAAUGGCGAGGUGUUGUGGGUACCGCCCGCAAUUUAUCAGAGUUCUUGUACUAUAGACGUCACUUAUUUUCCGUUUGACCAACAGACUUGUAUUAUGAAGUUUGGGUCUUGGACGUUCAACGGUGACCAAGUGUCACUAGCGUUGUACAAUAACAAAAAUUUCGUAGACCUGUCAGAUUACUGGAAAUCUGGAACGUGGGACAUUAUUGAAGUGCCCGCCUACCUCAAUAUAUAUGAGGGUAACCACCCUACUGAAACCGAUAUCACGUUUUAUAUUAUCAUACGACGCAAGACUCUAUUUUAUACAGUCAAUUUAAUACUUCCUACAGUACUCAUCUCGUUCCUUUGCGUACUUGUCUUUUAUUUACCAGCAGAGGCCGGGGAAAAGGUGACGUUGGGUAUUAGUAUUUUACUGUCACUUGUAGUGUUUUUGUUGCUCGUUUCAAAAAUCCUGCCACCGACUUCACUUGUGUUACCGCUCAUUGCAAAAUAUCUACUUUUCACAUUUAUCAUGAACACCGUUAGUAUUCUCGUUACGGUAGUAAUAAUCAAUUGGAAUUUCAGAGGGCCUCGAACACACAGGAUGCCUUCGUGGAUCCGUUCUGUUUUCCUCAAUUAUUUACCGGCAAUGUUGCUAAUGAAGCGGCCGCGAAAAACACGAUUACGAUGGAUGAUGGAAAUGCCUGGAAUGGGUGUGCCACCUCACCCUUACGGCUCUCCAGCCGACAUCCCCAAACAUAUAAGUUCUAUUGAAUCCCAAAGUAAAGUCGAAGUUAUGGAGUUGUCCGAUCUACAUCAUCCGAAUUGUAAAAUUAAUCGAAAAUUAAACUCGGACCUGGGUGUAGGUGUAGGAUCUGAGAGUUGUCGAAGAGAAAGCGAAAGCUCCGAUUCUAUUCUCUUAUCACCAGAAGCGUCGAAAGCAACGGAAGCUGUUGAGUUUAUCGCUGAACAUUUACGCAACGAAGACCUCUACAUCCAAACUCGAGAGGAUUGGAAGUACGUGGCUAUGGUGAUAGACAGACUCCAAUUAUAUAUGUUCUUUAUCGUAACCACAGCUGGUACGGUGGGGAUCCUGAUGGAUGCUCCUCACAUCUUCGAAUACGUAGAUCAAGACAGAAUCAUCGAAAUUUACCGCGGCAAAUAA